AUGGCAUCACCAUCGGGUACAUCACCGGGGAGGCCAGACCCUUUGACACACGCAGCAAUCUACUACGGCGAGUCCCACCGUACGAAGCAAAACCGUUCUCGAACCCUCUCAUCCGCUGGCGCCAAUACGAGUCUUCAGCGGAUUCGGAUGGGGCUGAUGAACAAGGAAGCUCCACGUCGUAGACUGAGUCACGACGAGCCCCAAUCACAGCCGAGAAAGUUCCUGAUUGAGGUUGAGCCGACGUUGAAAGCUUUACUUGAGAGUGAGGAUUCGGAUGGGAAUAUGCAGAUUACCAUUGAGGAUGCGGGACCGAAGGUGUUCACAUUGGGGACCGCGAACAGCGGUGGGCAUAACAGAUUCGAUAUCCGAGGAACCUAUAUGCUUUCGAAUUUGUUGCAAGAAUUGACCCUCGCAAAGGAUUUCGGAAGAAAGCACAUUCUCCUCGACGAAGCACGCUUAAACGAAAACCCUGUCGCCCGUCUCAAUCGUCUUAUCCGUACCACCUUCUGGGACGGCCUAACCCGCCGCAUCGAUGCCUCAUCCCUCGAAAAGAUCUGCGCAGACACGAAAAACCGCUCGACAGACCCGAGGCCGCGUAUCUACAUCCCAACCAAGGAACCAGAGAUGUACGAGUAUUAUUGUAAGGCGGCGGCGGAGAUGUCGCAUCUGAAUUUGCAGGUGGAGUAUUUGCCGGAGACGAUUGAUGCUGUUUGGGUCAAGGACGCGAAUCAGAAACCGGGGUUGUUGGCGUUAGCGAUGGAGAAGGUUGUCGAUCCCGUCACGGACGUGGUUCAGCUCCGGGGUAUGCCAUUCGUUGUCCCCGGUGGACGAUUCAAUGAGAUGUACGGCUGGGACUCGUAUUUCGAAUCUCUUGGUCUCCUCGUCGAUGGACGCGUUGAUUUGGCGAAGGGGAUGGUUGAGAACUUCAUUUUUGAGAUCACGCAUUAUGGAAAGAUCUUGAAUGCCAACAGGUCUUACUAUCUUACGCGUUCUCAACCCCCGUUUUUGACGGAUAUGGCGUUGAGAGUGUAUGAUAAGAUCAAGCAUGAAGGUCCUACCGCAGACGACUUCCUGAAGCGUGCGCUCUGGGCUGCGAUUAAGGAGUACAAGACUGUUUGGGUGUCUGCGCCGAGGUUGGAUCCCAUCACGGGGUUGUCACGGUACAGACCUGAUGGAAUUGGGAUUCCGCCCGAGACGGAGGCGAGUCAUUUCGAGCAUAUCUUGGAGCCGUUCUGUACGAAGAACAACAUGACCUUCGAGGAGUUCCAGGUUGCGUACAAUGACGGUAUUGUCCAUGAACCUGAGCUCGACGAGUACUUCAUGCAUGAUCGUGCUGUCCGCGAGUCGGGACAUGAUACGACGUACCGUUUUGAACACGUUUGUGCGAACUUGGCGACGAUCGACCUCAACACCUUGCUCUACAAGUACGAAACCGACAUCGCGAAGACCAUCCGCGAGAAAUGGCAUGAUAAAUUCCCGAUGCCAGAUGGUACGUUCGAGUCCUCGUUCACCUGGGAUCGUAGAGCGAUGAAGAGGAAGGCGUUGAUCGAUAAGUAUUUGUGGAACGAGGCGGAUGGGUUGUACUAUGACUACGACACCGUUAAGCGGGAACAAGCGAAGUAUGAGAGUUGUACGGCGUUUUGGGCAUUGUGGGCGGGAUGUGCGUCUCCCCGACAAGCUGCGGCGCUCGUCGACAAGAGUUUGUCGAAGUUUGAGGUGCUUGGUGGGCUCGUGGCUGGUACCGAGCGAUCCUGCGGAAAAGUUGACUUGGAUGCUCCUAGUCGACAGUGGGAUUAUCCCUCUGGUUGGGCACCGCAGCAGAUGCUCGCCUGGGAAGGUCUCUGGCGGUACGGGUAUGAGGACGAAGCUCGCCGUUUGGUCUAUAGGUGGUUGUUUAUGAUGAUCAAGAGUUUUAUGGAUUACAAUGGUGUGGUGGUAGAGAAGUACAACGUCACCCGCGCCUCAGACCCACACCGCGUCGACGCGGAGUACGGAAACCAGGGUCUUGAUUUCAAGGGUGUUGCCCGUGAAGGUUUCGGGUGGGUUAAUGCUUCGUAUCAAGUCGGUCUCUCGCAGUAUACGACAUCGAGGAUGAGGAGGGCGUUGGGGGCGAUUGUGCAUCCUGAUGUUUUCUUUUCAGACAAGAGUGAUGAGUACCUCUUGGAGAACGAGCCGGACCCGUUCUUUGAGGGUGGUGCGGGGCAGGGAUCUGGAGGGGUGGAGCAUAUUGUGCCAAGUCCUGCUUUUGCGGCGGCUGAGGCGAGGAGGGCGGCUGAGGAGAGGGGCAGUGAGGAAGGUGGGGUGCCGACGAGUGAGAGGGCUGGGAUGGGAAUGCAGAGUGAGAUGGAGAAGUUGUCUGUGCAAGAAGAGUAA